AUGGAAGAUAAUCCUCCCUCAAGUGUUUUAGAUGGGAUGGUUGUUGGAAUCAAAUUUGGCAUGGCUACACGCCAGGAAAUUUGUACUGCAUCCAUUAGCGACUCUUCAAUUAGUCAUGCUAGUCAGCUCUCAAAUCCCUUCCUUGGGCUACCCCUUGAAUUUGGCAGAUGUGAAUCUUGUGGUACAUCUGAAGCAGGAAAAUGUGAAGGUCACUUUGGAUAUAUUGAGCUACCAGUACCAAUAUAUCAUCCUAGUCAUAUUAGUGAGUUGAAACGGAUGCUGAGCCUUGUCUGUUUAAAUUGUUUAAAAUUGCGGAAAGCCAAGGAGGGUAAUGCUGCUCAAGUUUCUAUACGGGAGGUUAAAUCGAGUGAAGGGGCUAGUUAUUUGGCACUCAAGGUACCUAAAUCGAAGAAGCUUGAUGGUGGUUUUUGGAGAUUUUUAGAAAAAUAUGGCUAUCGCUAUGAGGGUGAUCACACUCGAGCCUUACUUCCUUGUGAGGCAAUGGAAAUUAUUAAGAGAAUUCCAGUAGAAACCAGAAAAAAACUUGCUGGAAAAGGGUAUUUUCCACAAGAUGGAUAUGUUUUGAAGUAUCUUCCAGUGCCACCUAAUUGCUUGUCCGUGCCAGAAGUUUCGGACGGCAUCAGUGUCAUGUCUUCGGAUCCUUCUAUGACAAUUCUCAGAAAAUUGCUCAGGAAGGUUGAAAUCAUCAAAAGUUCUAGAUCUGGAGAACCAAAUUUUGAGUCUCAUCAUGUCGAAGCAAAUGAUUUGCAGUCAGUGGUUGACCAGUAUUUUCAAAUUAGGGGAACUUCUAAGGCAGCACGUGAUAUAGAAACACAUUUUGGGGUAAAUAAAGAGCUUAAUGCAUCAUCAACAAAAGCAUGGCUAGACAAAAUGCGGACUUUAUUUAUAAGAAAGGGAUCAGGGUUUUCCUCCCGGAAUGUGAUAACUGGAGAUUGUUAUAAAAGGAUAAAUGAAGUAGGAAUUCCUGUUGAAGUUGCCCAACGAGUAACUUUUGAGGAGAGAGUUAACAUCCAUAACAUAAGUUAUUUACAGAAAUUAGUUGAUGAAAAUUUGUGCCUGACCUACAAGGAAGGUGCCUCAACUUUUUCACUCAGGGAGGGUUCAAAGGGUCACAUAUAUCUGAAGCCUGGUCAGAUAGUGCAUCGGAGGAUUAUGGAUGGGGAUAUUGUCUUCAUUAACAGGCCACCUACAACACACAAACACUCUUUACAGGCACUUUUUGUGUACAUCCAUGAUGACCACACCGUGAAAAUAAAUCCUUUAAUUUGUGGACCACUUGGGGCUGAUUUUGAUGGUGACUGUGUCCAUCUGUUUUAUCCGCAAUCACUUGGUGCCAAAGCAGAAGUUGUGGAGCUAUUUUCUGUGGAGAAUCAGCUGCUCAGCUCUCACAGUGGUAAUUUGAAUCUACAAUUAACAACAGAUUCGUUGUUGUCACUGAAGAUGUUGGUCAAGAGAUGUUUUUUUGAUAGAGAGGCAGCUAAUCAAUUGGCAAUGUUUCUUUUACCUUUGCCUCGACCUAGUUUGAUCAAGGCCAGUUCUGGUGAUUCUUAUUGGACUUCCAUCCAAAUGUUACAGUGUGCUCUACCUCUAGGUUUUGAUUGCUCUGGGGGACGGUAUUUGAUUAGGCAGAGUGAAAUCUUAGAAUUUGAUUUCAACCGGGAUGUCUUGCCUGCAACAAUAAAUGAAAUAGCAGCCUCAAUUUUCUUUAGCAAGGGUCCAAAGGAGGCACUAAAGUUCUUUGAUGUAUUGCAGCCAUUUUUGAUGGAAAGCUUAUUCGCCGAUGGAUUUAGUGUUAGCCUGCAAGAUUAUUCAAUAUCCAGGGCGAUCAAAAGAAUUAUAAACAGAAACAUUGGUAAAGUUUCUUCUGUCUUGUAUCAGCUUAGGUCCAUAUACAAUGAGCUCGUGGCGCAGCAAUUGGAGAAGCUUAUUCGCGAUAUUGAACUUCCUAUUAUUAAUUUUGCUCUAAAGUCAACUAAACUAGGAGAUUUAAUUGAUUCAAAGAGUAAAUCAGCAAUUGAUAAGGUUGUUCAGCAGAUUGGGUUCUUAGGGCAGCAACUUUUUGACAGGGGAAGAUUCUAUUCAAAAGGAUUGGUAGAAGAUGUAGCAUCUCAUUUUCAUGUGAAGUGUUGUUAUGAGGGAGAUGGUUAUCCCUCUGCUGAGUAUGGAUUGCUCAAAGGGUCCUUUUUUAAUGGUUUGGAUCCAUAUGAAGAGAUGGUGCAUUCGAUUUCAACAAGGGAAAUAAUGGUUCGUUCUUCGAGGGGAUUAUCUGAACCAGGAACACUCUUUAAGAACUUGAUGGCCAUCCUGCGGGAUGUUGUUAUCUGUUAUGAUGGAACUGUCAGAAAUAUUUGCAGUAAUUCUAUUAUCCAGUUUGAAUAUGGAUUAGAAAAAACUGAGCACCUAUUUCCUGCUGGUGAGCCUGUAGGUGUAUUAGCUGCAACUGCUAUGUCAAAUCCUGCUUACAAGGCCGUCCUUGAUGCUAGUCCUAAUAGCAAUUCCUCAUGGGAGUUGAUGAAGGAAAUAUUACUCUGCAAGGUCAAUUUUAGGAAUGAACCUGUUGAUAGGCGUGUUAUUUUGUACUUGAAUGACUGUGACUGUGGAGGGAGUUAUUGUCGGGAAAAUGCGGCAUAUAAAGUUAAAGAUCAAUUGAAAAAAGUCAGUCUUAAGGAUGUAGCAGUGGAGUUCGUUAUUGAAUACCAAGAACAGCGAGUUCAAAAGGGAAAUUCUGAAACUGAUGCCGGUCUUGUUGGUCAUAUUUAUCUUGAUGAGGUUAUUCCAUUUCCUUUCCAAUCAAUUUGA